UUAAAAACUAUCACAAAUCUUGACUUUGUAAAAAACAAUUCAACCACGUUAAAAAAAUAGAAACUUCAUCGUUAACAUCAUCUCCGGCAAACGCCGCCGCCGCCGGUGACGCUAGCCGCCUACAAAUCCUCUCGCCAUACGCGCCGCUCGACUUGUUGACGCCGUCAUUAGCCCUCUUUCCACUUGAAUCGCCGCAUCCUACUGUUGUUGCUCGCCCCAAGCCGCGACUUGCCCCUUGCCUCUCGCCGAUCAGCGCUUUCCGCUGGCUGCUUUCUGCUCGCUUGCCCCAGAGAACACUUGCGACUCAGCAUCACUUGCCCCUACUAGAGCCACCAUUCAAUCCCUAUCUUGAAGUUUUUGCAGAGGUGCCAUUGAGAGUCUUACAACUUUGAAGGCACCUGUUGGAUGAUUUAUGUUUGUUUUUUAGAUUGGUGCAGAUGGCUAGCUCAGAUGAUGAUUCAUUUAUUAAUUCAGACGAUGGUAGAGAUCUUGAUAAUAAUUCUGAUAGUAAUUGUGACGAAAGUGGUAGUGAAGGAGACAAUGAAGCGGACAAUGAGCAACCAGUCUUAUAUACAACACAUGUCGGUCACAAAAAGAUAGUCGAUCUAACGGUCGAUGAUAUACUUGGUCUAAAGUUCAGCCGACAAGAGGAAGCUUAUAAAUUUUAUUCUGCAUAUGCAAAACUGCAUGGGUUUGUUGUGAGAAAAGACAUUCGAAGGCGAGAUGAAAAUGGUGACUUUAUUGUUCAGCAGUAUGUAUGUAACAAAGAGGGAUUGAGGAAUAAAAAGCAUUUGAUGAGGGUGGAUAGGAAAAUGGAUCAUAGACCACUCACUCGUACGGGCUGUCAUGCUAAGCUACGGGUACGCUUUGAUUACAAGAUAUCUUGUUGGAAAGUGGUUUCUUUUAAGGAGGGUCAUAACCAUGAACUAUACCCGGCAAGUGCAGUUCCUUUAAUCCCUGCUUACCGUGCGAUCAGUGACGCUGAUAAAGCUCAGGUGGAUAGCUUGAAUUCACAAGGUGUCAAAACUUGUCAUAUUAUGGGUUACUUGUUGGCACAGAAAGGGGGAUAUGCAGGUGUUGGUUUUCUGAAAGAGGAUUUAUACAAUUAUUUUCACCGCCAAAAGCGUGAUAAGAUCAAAGAUGGGGAUGCACGAAUUAGCUUAACUUAUCUUCAAGGAAAGGCAGACAAUGAUGGCAUGUUUUUUUCAAGAUACACCACUACGGAUGAUUGUAGACUCCAGAAUCUAUUUUGGGCAGAUAGCACUAGCAUAACAGAUUUUCAAUGCUUUGGUGAUGUCCUUGCUUUUGAUACCACGUACAAUAAGAACAAAUAUAAUCUUCCCCUUGUUAUAUUCAGUGGAUGUAAUCAUCAUUCGCAAACUGUUAUUUUUGGUUGUGGUUUGUUAAUCAAUGAAACUGCAGAGACAUAUAAGUGGGUGUUAGAAACCUUUUUGGCAGCAAUGCGCAAUAAGCACCCAAGAGCUGUGGUGACAGAUGGUGAUAGUGCUAUGAGGAAGGCCAUCAAGCAGGUAUUUCCGAAUGCAACACAUCGACUUUGUGCUUGGCACUUACACAGAAAUGCAAAAGGUAAAACAAUGAAUGAUUCAUUUGUGGAUGAUUUCGAAAAAGCGUUGUAUCAUAAUAUGGGCAUUGAUGAAUUCGAAGAGUUUUGGAAGCAGAUGGUUGCCAAACAUGGGCUUGAAGGAAACGAAUGGGUUCGUAAGACUUAUGAGAAAAAGUCAAUGUGGGCCAAUGCAUAUCUUCGUGAUCAGUUUUUUGCUGGUAUACGGACUACGUCACGAUGUGAAGGAAUUAAUUCCUAUAUAAAGUCAUAUGUUGAGAGAAAAAAUAGCGUCGUUGAGCUCUUGCAUAGUAUGGAGGAAGCAUUGAGAGGAUAUAGACACAACGAGCUUGUUGCUGAUUUUAAUUCUCUUUUUACUGAACCGGUUAUGACCACUUCUCUCCACAUGUACGAGCGGGAGGCUUCAAAAAUUUUCACAUUAGAGAUUUUCAGAGAAGUCAAAUUUGAGAUUGAAGAGGUAGGUGCAUUAAUGAUCAUGGAGCGGAUAGAAAAUGGAGACAGUGUAAUGUUUAAGAUGAGUAAAUUGUUUCAACCCAAUAGGAUUAUUGGUGUUGUUUAUGAUACUGUGAAUUCUUCAUUCUCAUGUGACUGUCGUCUAUUUCAGUCCCGUGGCAUUCCAUGCUCUCAUGUUUUUUGUGCCAUGAAACGUGAGCACAUGAAAUCAAUUCCUAGCAGUCUUAUUUGCAAACGGUGGACAAAAUCUGUCAAGAGUGAGUUCUUCUCAUCAGAUCAAUUAGAUGAAAUGGAUCCUGAUGUAACCAAAAUUACCCGCCGUGGGGCUGCAGCUGCUGCAUGUAAUAGGCUUUGUGAGAUUGCAUCAAAAAAUGGUAAGUACUUCGAUGAAAUCAGAGAUGAAAUCUUAAAGUUGACUUCUAAGUAUGACAACAAAAAGGGGUCAAGUAGAACUCAAGGUGAUAAUUUUAAUGAUAUUCGUGAUCCCACUACGGUACCGACUAAAGGCGGCCGUCCUUCAAAGAAGCGGUACAGUAGGACGAGAAGAAGAUGUACAAAUUGUAGAAAGACUGGACAUACAUUGAGGACAUGUCCCAAGCGCAUUGGUACAAAAGAUGAGCAUAUUGCGCAUGAUGCAUCAUCACCUCAUGAGGAUAAUGAGAUGAGAAGACAAGAUAAUGAGGACAACACAACAUUUAAUGAUGACAAUGUCCAGCACAAUGAUCACAGUACCCAAUAUUCAAACUAUGCUGAAAAUGAUAAAGAGGGAACAACACUCAAUGAAUGCAAUAUCAAACACAAGGACACAGAGCCGAGUAGUAAGAAAGGAAAAGAAAGAAAGGAAAAGAAAGUUAAACGUUCCACACAAAAUUCAAUCAAUGACUCUGGAAAGCAACCCACUUUGUCUGCUCAGAGACCGCAUCUAGAAGCUUAUAAAGUUCAACAAACUGGUCUCACAACCCAUCAUACUGGAAAACAACCUAUUUCUUCAGCUCAAAAACCGCAUUCGGAAACUCAUAAAGUCCAACACACUGGUCACACAAUCCAUCAUAUUGGAAAACAAACCAUUGAUUUUUCCAAUAAAGGGAAUCCGGAAAUUACUCAUCGGGUAUUGGUUGCACCCCCACCCCCACCGGGGAAUGUUGCAUUUGCUUAUGGCACAUCAAACUCACACCUAACAUCUUCAAAUGAUUAUGGCACAUCAAGCAUACCCCAUAACAUACCAUCUGGUUAUGGUGCCCUAAUCCAGGGGAUGCCUAUGCCUCCCUUACCAUCUAGUUAUGGUGCACUUAGUCAUGAGAUGCCUAUGCCUCCCUUUCACGGUGCAGGUCCUUCACGCCCCCAAUUUCCCAAAUUCCUUGCCGCAAUUCACAUGUCACAGUAUAUGGGUGGAGUGCAAAAUCUUCAUGGUGGUACAAACUUGAGUCAUUUGCUUCAAAAAGAAGUAAAAAAAAAAAAAAUUGGAACAACUAUUGCAGGUAAUAAAGAUGAAGCUGACUCAAGCAAAGAGCAACAGAAUAUGAACAAGCCAGAUGGUGAUAAGUAGUAUAUUGGUAGUGAUGUGUAGCAUUGGAAGAAGUAAAAGAUAAAAUUGUGAAAUUAUUGUUGAAGUGUUGUCGGAGAUAUUUUUAUUAUCUAUGGACAGACUUAGUUUGCCUAUAUUAUUUUUCUUUUCGAUGCAGAUUUUUUAAUGUUUUUAUUUUUGAGAUAAUCUACUUAAUACUAUACUACCACUCUCUACAAAUUUGAAAUUGUAUGAUUUAAAAUAUUUUGUUUAGUUGGUUAAUUGUCAAA